CUGAAGUACUCUUUGUCCAUAGUAACUUUGAUUUGCUCUCUGAAUUGAGAAUUCCCGAAGGUUUCUUCGGAAGACAGGUUGCCUCUCCAAUUAUGAUAUCUUCCGCGAUAAUUUCGUCUAAAGUUUACUUUGUUGAGCGGUGUGUGAGUGAGUGCAUCGUUCAUGAUUUACAGAUAAUUGUCUCUGUGACUCUUGAAACAUGUUAAAAUUGGAAAGAAUAGACAAAAUAAGUGAUUUGCCUGGCUAUCACGUCAUUACGAAUCAGGAGAUGAAUUUAGUCCUUGGACAUUUGGUGGCUUCAGGAUCCAAACACGCCCAAGAGGUUUUUCGAAUCUUGGAGGAGGAAGUUCAAUAUUUGAAACCCGAAGAGUCUAUGGCUAAAGUUUUUGGAAAAUGGCACCCUAUUCCUCGCAAAGUGGCUGGUUAUGGAGAUCCAGGGGUGAAAUAUACCUAUUCUGGAAAUACUUUCAAGGCCAAACCUUGGAUCCCUAUCCUUGAAGAGAUAAAGAACGCACUAAACCGGAUUUUGAACGUCCAAUACAACUUUGUGCUUGUCAAUCGUUAUGCCAACGGUUUGGACAAGAUGGGUGAGCACAAGGACAACGAAAAGGAUCUGGAUCAUAGUGUUCCAAUCUCGUCCGUGAGUUUUGGAGCGCCCAGAGCGUUCCAUCUCCGACAUGAUUCACACCGAAAGGGGGACAAAACCAUCCCAGUGGUCAAGAUCACCCUCACAGACGGUAUGCUGUUGCUCAUGAAUCCGCCCACCAAUGACCAUUGGUUCCAUUUCGUACCCCAGAGAAAGUCGUGCCAGGAGCCGAGGAUCAACUUAACAUUUCGGAAAAUUCUCAAGGCACGAUGAACUCUCACAAUAAACGAGUUUUGCACGCUCUCGUUUGUUGCUGGUUGGGACUAAUACUUGAACUCAGGCUUGUCGGUUGGACUGCUUCCAAAGAUAUCGCGCCAGUGUUCAAUAUGUUUUCGAACCAAACCAGCCACCACCAUGCUCAACCAGGCGUGCUACCAGAUUUGGGAGAAUCCCGAAGACAAAGCUCGACGUAAUAAACCGGUCUUUCCCUUUGUGAGACCUUCAAUGGCUCAAAUUCUGGUGACCAAUAAACAACCAAUUCUGAUGCCUUGCCACUUGUCCAGGGUUGAAUGAUAUCGCUAUUUUUUCAUGGAUCAG